CAACUUCACAUUUGUGCUCUUGCAGGAACCUCCUCCUCUCUCCGCCCCUCAUCCCACUUUCUCUUUCUUACAUAUACGUGUAUGUAAUACAUAUAUACAGAAAUUACUUUCUGUAGAAUCUUACAAUCGGUGUACCGCAAUAGUUUUAAUCCGAACGCAGCCAAAAUCAGAUAUGUAUAGACAAGAAUAGGACUUGUUUUGGAGCUUAAUAAUUCAUUACCAUUUAUUACUUCUACUAUUAUAUAUAUCUCUCCAAACAUAGAUAUUUCUCUCUAUAUCGGGGCACCGCAUGUUGGUCUCUUUUGCUCCCUCAACAACAACUCCAUGAUUGUCACUGUAACCACCACCACCUCCGUCGCCGCUUAGUGUUGUUCUUUGUGAACAUAAAUAAUGUCGCAGAAGCGACAGCAAGAGGACGGCAAGGCUCGAGUGGAGGGCAAUGGUGCCGAGGACAAUCGUCGAAAAGUUCCUAAGUUUUGCAAUGUGGUAAGGGAGGUAAUUAAGUUGCGCAAAGUCCAGGAUUUUAUGGAGCCAGUUUUGGAGCCGCUGAUUCGUAAAGUUGUGAAAGAAGAAGUUGAAUUGGCUUUAAGAAAGUAUUUGACCAGUAUGAAGUGGAAUUGUGGGAAAGAAAUACAACCUUCGGAGUUAAGAAGCUUACAAUUACAGUUCUUACACAAUCUCUCUCUCCCGGUAUUCACUGGAACUCGUAUCGAAGGAGAAGAUUGUACCUCCUUAAAAGUAGCUUUAUUUGAUGCUGUUUCUAAGCAGAUUGUUGACUCUGGGCCUGAAUCUUUGGCAAGGGUGGAAAUAGUAGUUCUUGAGGGAGAUUUUGAUGGUGAAGAAGGAAACAAUUGGACACAUGAAGAGUUUAGGAAUAACAUUGUGAGAGAGCGAGAAGGAAAGAAACCUCUUCUUACUGGGGAUGCAUUUUUGAAUCUUAAAGAGGGAGUUGGUUUGGUGGGCGAGAUUUCCUUUACAGAUAAUUCAAGCUGGACAAGGAGCCGUAAGUUUAGACUGGGUGCCAGAGUUGUGGAUAACUGUGAUGGGGUCAGAGUAAGAGAAGCGAAGACUGAAUCGUUCAUUGUCAGGGAUCACCGUGGGGAAUUGUACAAGAAGCACCAUCCCCCCUCUCUGUUUGACGAGGUGUGGAGGUUAGAAAAAAUUGGUAAAGAAGGAGCUUUCCACAAGCGUUUGAGUAGGGAAAGAGUCACCACCGUGAAGGAUUUUCUGACUCUACUCUAUUUAGACCCUACAAGGCUUCGAAAUAUCCUUGGCACGGGUAUGUCUGCUAAAAUGUGGGAAGUCACUGUGGAUCAUGCUCGGACAUGUACACUCGAUAAAAAGUUAUACUUGUACUGUCCUCCUGGAUUUCAGCCAAAAACUGGUGUCGUUUUCAAUAUCGUAGGACAAGUGAUGGGACUACUUUCUGAAUGUGAGUGUGUUCCUGUUGAUAAGCUGUCUGAAACCAAAAAGGCUGAUGCCCACAACAUGGUUAUAUCUGCAUUUAAAAACUGGGAGGAAGUAGUCUCCUUUGAAGACGAGGCGUCUCUUAUGGAUGGCUCUUUGUGCUUGUCCAAUAUUCUUUACCCCUCCAGCUCAUCCAUGACUGAGAGUUCUGAUGGCAGUAGGAUUUUAACUUCUCACAAGCUUGGGAGAUUUGAUUAUCCACAACCAAGUGCGUCUUCUCCAGACGUCAUGCCAUCCAUCUAUUCCAUGGGGUCUGUGAGUAGUUUGGACGAUUUUGGCUUGCACAAUAUUGACCAUAUGGAUCUUAAAUACGAUCAAAUUUUCUCUGACCAAGUCCCCAACUCCCUGAUCUGUGACACUUCCUCCAUUACUCAAGCCUUCUGUGAGGAUGAGCAUCUGAAGUAUUUUGAUACUGAUUGUGCUCUGCAAGCUCAGAAUUCAAGUUUGGUAUCACAGGCGGAUCUACACAGUGCCGUCAAUGGCUUCUUAUUGUCUCGUUCUGCAACUGUUGCCACUGAUAAAGCUCAAGCUCAGAGAAGAUGGGCAAUCUUGUUUAGUGUAUUUAGAUGGUUCUCAAUAAGGAGGAUUGUGGCCAAAAAAACCCAUGGUACACAGAGGCUGAGACACCGUUAAUGUGCUAUCCGCAAAAAUAUUCCAAUCAUAAAUGCAAAUACAGUACCAGUUAGCCUGCCCGAUUGAAUUUUCGUGUGCAGUUGUAGUCUUUCUGUGAGGUACAAGUUGGAGUUUGUAAUGGAUGGCAUGUACAGCUUGUGGUUCAUAUAAUGGCCUUUUAAUUUUUCAAUUAGAUUGUAAAUUUGUAGAUGUUCCUCACAGAAUUUGUAGUUGUGGUUGCUUUUGCUCAAAUGUGAAGCUUAAAAGCAUCUGCACCAAGUUCUAUGCCUUUCAUACCAGAUUGUAAUUUUGCAUGAGAAUUUUGUUUAAUAAAUAAAAAUAAUAAAUGUAUCAUCUUUUCCUUU